AUGUAUCCAACCCGGCUGAUUGAUGUUGCACCCGAGGGCUUCUCCUCUGGCUUCUGGAGGUUGGUCGAGGUUCACGACGAAGUCCUCACUGGCCCGUUCAUGACACUCUCGCAUAGAUGGGGUUCAGGUACCAUCAAACUAGAACGAGGUACCCAACAUCUUAUGUUGGGUGGAAUGCCUUUAUCAAUUUUACCCGGCACCUAUCAAGACGCCAUCAAGGUGGUGAAAGACUUGAACGUUCGAUACCUCUGGAUCGAUUCGAUAUGCAUAUUUCAAGAUGAACGGACAGACAUCCAGAAAGAAGCCACUCGAAUGGCUGAAGUUUACGGUAGUGCAAUCUGCAAUAUCUCGGCCCUUUCAGGCAAAGACAAUGGUCUCUUCUGUACGCGAACUCCCGAGAUUAUGAACAGCGAUUCCGUCAUCUUGGAUCAGGCCACCUUCCAGCUGAAUACAUCCUUCCUCAUCAAUGAUCUGCAACUCUGGCGUGGUGAACUCAUUCACAUGCCGCUUACCAAUCGGGGUUGGGUCUUGCAGGAAGAAGUCCUUGCGCCUCGCACUAUAUACUUUGGCUCCCGGCAGGUUCUAUGGAACUGCCUGCACUCUCGAUCAUGUGAGACCUAUCCAUCUUUGCACCCGAAGCGACAGGUGUACAUAGGAAAGUCCACAACAGACAAGGGAACAUUUCUUGAUGACGAUGAACUUGAACCAAUCACUUCAUGGCUAUCCUUCGUCAAACAACACUCUAACCAGGACGACUUGCCCGGUCUCACUCUGAAUCAAGUGGAUCAGAAAAUACUAUACAAAGUCUGGACGGAUUUUGUGGCGCACUAUUCGCUUCGCCAGCUGACGUUUCCCAUAGACAAGCUGCUUGCGAUUGCUGGUGUAUCGAAACUAUUUGGGACAGUCAUGAGAGAUGACUUUAUCGCAGGACUUUGGCGGCAACAUCUGAUGGAGGGCUUGUUAUGGUACAUCCGAGUCAACACCAGAACCGCAAGUCCAUCCGAAUACAGAGCACCAACAUGGUCAUGGGCAUCCAAAGAUGGAUACGUGAUACACGCCCCGCCAUUCAAUGCUUCUUGGAUCGUUGCACGGGCCCUAGAUGUGCAAUGCAACGUGAUAUCCAACGAAUGCACAGCACCGCCACAACAGUUCGGGGUGGUCACUUCAGGCACAAUGACGCUGCAAGCUCCUCUCAUACAAAUCCGUAUCAGUGAGGACGGGAAUUGGAUCGUGGUUCCUAGAAGACAUCACAUCUCGGUCCCACAACUGACGAUCCGGGUCGACACUAGCGAUAUUAUUCCCGCAGGGGAAGAAUAUACCGGCGCAAUCAUUCGCACGACGGCUUACCACCUCACAGAUGUCGCGUCAGACCAUGUCGGCAAGAAGGUCCUCCUUGCAGCUCAAGGUGUCCUUCUCAAGGCAACAGGUCAAUCCUCCACCCAAACCCAGCGUCCUUCCUCCUCGUCCUCAUCAGAUGAACAGUUAUUUUCGUAUACCAGGGUAGGGUACUUCGGCCUCGAAGACCGCAGAAGCGGAACCUUGACUCCCAGAUGGGCUCCGGCGGCGGCGGAUGAUAGUGGUUCAGCAAUCUUUCCGCCGCCCGUCAAACAAGCCGACCUGCCUGAAUUUGACUUUGGGAAAGCAACAAGAGCUGCGGCAUUGAGCAUCGUCGAGGUGUUGUAG